UUGUCCCUUCCAGGGGAGCGAGUGGGCUGCGAAGACGGCCACGAGGGAACGAGUGCUUGAGGGAGGUGUAGCUUGUGGCUGAUGUGAGGCCUCUACGAGUGGAAAGUAAUAUUCUGAUUUGGAGCCUGCACCUGCUUAACUGGAGCGGUUUGUCUGGAGACUCUCCGUUCGAGGCUGCGCUGCCACCUGUGGUGCCUGUGCCCCGUCACUCCCUAGUUCAUUGCUUGGAUGGCUCUGCCCCCUCCAGACCCACAGUUUGUGCUCAGAGGUACCAGUGCUGCAGUCCACACACUACAUUUCUCCUGUGGAGGCCAAGAACCUGAUGUCCCCAUUCUUUUCUCUGGGUCUGAGAAUGGACUUAUCCAUGUCUGGAACCUGAAAACACGCAGAGUGGACACAGCACUGGAUGGCCACGGAAGAAACUCUGUCUACUGCGUGGAGACAAUGGGUGGUAAAGACAGACUCCUCAGUCAGGGUCGUGACCAGAGGAUCUGCCUGUGGGAUUUAGCAGAGGGACGGAGGUUGGUGAUGGAUUCUGUCUGCACGGAGAACGUGGGAUUCUGCAGGUGCUCUCUGUUAAAGGUGGCACAGGAACGCUGGCUAAUGGCCAUGGCCUCCAAAGCCCUGGAGGAGGUUCAGGUUUUGGAGCUGCCAUCCAAGACGUCAGUCUGUACCUUGAAGCCAGAGCUGGGUGCCAAGCUGGGCAUGCCCAUGUGUCUGAAGUUAUGGCAGCUCAGCUGUGGUUCACAACCUUUGCUUCUAGCUGGCUAUGAAGAUGGAUCAGUGGUCCUUUGGAAUCUGUCAAUGGGAAAAGCAAUGAGCCGACUUGUUUGCCACCAGGAGCCAGUGAUGAGCCUUGACUUUGACUUGGAGAAGACCAAGGGGAUCUCAGGCUCAUCUGAAAAGGUGCUUAGCAUCUGGAGCCUCAAUGAACAACAGAACCUCCAGGCUUACAGAACACACGGACUUGUUAACGCUGGCAUAUCUGAUAUCACCAUCCGUCCAGACAAGAAGAUUUUAGCAACAGCAGGGUGGGAUCAUCGCAUCAGGAUCUUUGGCUGGAAAAAAAUGAAGCCCUUAGCAGUCUUGGACUACCACACAGCAACUGUCCAUUGCGUGUCCUUCUCAGAUCAUAACCAGCCCAGUGAGAGACUGCUGGCAGCUGGCUCAAAAGAUCAUCGCAUCAGUAUCUGGUCAAUAUAUACGCAGGCGUGAUGUGUUCCGCACUGCUGUGGACUAAGAAAACAGGAUUGGUGAUGCAAUUUUGCACUGGAAUUAACACCUGGAUGUGGGAAUGCAGUAGAAUGUAUUUUCAGACUGAGCUGAGAGACCUCAGUUACUUCUUAUGUUUCUUGUUCAAGCUGCUUGUUUUCAAGAGAGGGAACUGGAUUCUGAAAAUUCCUAACAAGCAGAAGAGGGCCAGUCACAAACAGGGACCCAGAGCAAGUCACUGUGAGUUCUGCUACAGGCUUUUCUUAGGGCAGGUUGCUUAAAAAGUCUGUGCCAAUAUCUUCUUUUGUGUAAAAGGACUGAAAUCCCUCAGACUGUGGUGGGGGCAGAAUCCAUCUGUUUGUAAGUCAUUUAUGUAUCCAAGAAUCCGAACCACUGUAAAAUAUUACUCUUUCUUGAAAAUUUAUACCCAUUAAACCACCUCCAGUGGUUUCUCAUUGUCA